AUGGCCGUCGAAGCUGAUGAUGGAAUAACUCCGGAGUACACAGAUGUCUCACCUGCACAUUUUGUAUUCAAGAUAGAUUCAUUCUCUCCGUUUUCAGACAACGACCAUGAUGGGUUUGGUUCAGCAUUCCCAAUGGGCUUUCAGUCUCCAAAGCCCAUUGGAAGAAUGCUGAAGAGACUGAUUCUCUGUCCUAAUGGAGACAAGAGCAGAAACGGAGAAGGUCAUGUAUCUAUAUAUCUGGCAGUUUCCGAGACCAAUCCUUUGAAGGUUGGCUCGGACGUGAACACAAUCAUUUCGUUCUCUGUGUUUGAUCAAAUUCGCGACACAUACUUGGGGAGCACCAUGAGGUACUGUGCCAUGAGGUCCAGAUGGGGUAUUCCAAGAUUUGUGCCCCCAGAAACUUUCAAGAAUCAGUCGAACAGGUACCUUAUUGAUGACACGUGUGUCUUCAGUGUGGAGGUUUUUUGUCAUCGAGAACUCAGGCAUCGGGAACGUCUAACACUAAAAAAGGAUUUAAUGGGGUUAUGGGACUAUUCAGCUGUUCAGGAAGUACGUAACACCGCUGACCAGAAACCAUCAAGAAUCAUCAGAAGUAGAAGUCUGAGAAACAGAAGAAGAAAGAAAUAUAAAGACAUGGACAUGGACGACGAAGCUUAUUAUGGAAUAACUACGGAGUACACAGAUGUCUCACCUGCACAUUAUGUGCUCAAGAUUGAGUCCUUCUCUCUGUUUUCAGACAACGGCAUAGACAUGUAUGAAACUAAUGACUUCGAAUCUGGAGGCCACAAAUGGAGACUGAUUCUCUAUCCCAAUGGAGACGAGAGCAGAGAUGGAGAAGGUUAUGUGUCUAUAUAUCUGGCAGUUUCCGAGACCAGUCCUUUGAACGUUGGCUCGGACGUGAAUGCAAUCGUUAGGUUCUUUGUGUUUGAUCAAAUUCGCGACACGUACUUGGUAAAAAGAGGGAGCACCACGAGGUUUCGUGCCAUGAGGUCCAAAUGGGGUAUUCCAAGAUUUGUGCCUCUAGAAACUUUCAAGGAUCGGACGAACGGGUACCUCAUUGACGACACCAGCAUCUUUGGAGUGGAGGUUUUCGUCAUCAAGAACUCAGGCAUAGGUGAAUGUCUAGCACUAAAAAAGGGUACAUCCUCACAUACACAUGAAUGGAAGAUUCCAAAUUUCUCAAGUUUGGUUGAAGAGUGCUGCUAUUCAGAAAUGUUUUUUGCUGGAAAGCGGAAAUGGCAGGUGCGUCUCUAUCCAAGGGGUAUUUCGAGAGAAAAGAACAAAAGCCUUUCCAUAUUUCUUUGUUUGGUAGAUUCAGAGAAACUAGCUCCUCAGCAGAAAGUUAACGUCAGGUUCUGCUUCCGGAUGAGAGGCCAAGAUGGUGCUGUCUAUGAGGGCCCAAAAGGUUCACAUUGGUUCAGUAGUUCAAGCUCUUUAGGGGGGUGGACUGGUUUUAUGCUGCUAGAACACGUUGGAGAUUUCCUAGUCAAUGAUGAAUGCGUCGUUGAGGCCGAAGUCACCGUCCUAGGUGCUUCUGGUAAACUCACAUGA